AUAUAAAAAAUCCGGACAAGUUCAAAGAAAAAAAUGAAAGAAAUUAAUGAAUUAAAUUGAACGACUGCAUACUGCGCACUGAUUAUAAAAGAUAUGUGACAUGUUCAGGUUAAAAAGGAUAAGAAGAAUUAUAUUAAUAGAUGUAACAAUCGGUUAGAACAAGGUCUUCUGAUUGAAAAGAACUUUGACUUUGGGUAGUUGUGUCACAGAGCAAUAUGACAUAGGCCUGUCUUUUUCAUUGUCUGACUUUUAACUAAGACUACGCAAUCUAUGCAUAUUUCACUCUAGACCAGUGUUUUUUUAAACUUGUUUCGAUUUCGUUUUAUUGUGUAAACGUAAACCAAGAGGAAAAAAUCAAUCAAUGAUUUUUCUGGCAGAUAUAAACAGUUUCAACUAUAGUUUCCAUCAGUCGUAGAAACUAAAUUUUAAAGGCACUGGGUCUCUGUUCAAAGUGAAAAAAAUAGUAAGUCUUACUGUGUGACGUCGUUCUCACCGACAAUUUGCAUUAGGAUGGUUUUUAAGAUUCAUCUUUUACUGUUGUUCGUAACGUGUGCUGAUACAACUGAACAAGUUAUUUGGUCAGAAAUUAAAGAACUGAAUGAUGUAUACACCAACCUUCGGGUGAUGCACCAAAGAGAAAAAACCGGGUGUAUAGAAUGUGGCACAAGAGCAAAAAUGAUGAACGGAGAAUCAUUUUCUUGUCAUAACGCCGAUCAGAAGUGUUUGGUUCAUGAUACAUGCCACCUGAAAUUCAAUCUCCAACACGAAACUUUGAUAACGGCAGUAGGAUGGAGGCAUUUUUGCAACAAGAUAUAUAAUAUAACUACAGACGGCUCUUGGAUUGAUAUUGGCCCUCUAUUAUUAGGCAGGUUUUCCAUACAGUUUGCUGUUAAAGCCUCUAAUGAUGCCUACUUUGGUUUGUCCUCGGGUGACACAACAGCGUUACCUGGCUACUGGAUUGUUCUUGAAGGCUUUUCAAUGGCAAAGAAUUGUUUAAGAGAUGGAUUCACUGCAGGAAGUACCUGCUUCGCCACACACAUCGCACCUUACCUCACAAACACCGAGUAUGUGAGGUAUUGGGUCCAGUGGGACCAUGGGAAUGUUCGUGUUGGAAUUGGGAAAGCGUUCAGAAGCGCACAAAUUAUGCAACAUCAAUUUCCAGCCGCUUACUAUAUCAGCAACGUUUUGCUUAAAAGCUUUAAAAAUAAAGCAGAUUGGAUUAUUUAUCUUUAAGAGCAAAGAUGUCGCCAGCAAUGCUUUGCAAAAACCCAUCAUUUUCAACAUUACCAUGAAUGAUGAUCACAAUGUACCUAUAAUAUACUUUACAUUUGUGCAUUCUAAAUAAAUCAGAUUAUUCUGCAAAGCAGCGAGUUGCGUCUAAAAUUUAUAAACCUUUAGAAUUUAAAGAAAUUUAUUAUAAUCAAAUUUUCAGUACAUGUAUCUAGGAAUAUGGAAAACUGAACAGAAGAAAAUGUCACACAUUUUGAUGAUGGUAUUUAGAUGUACUGUUGUUAAUAAAUCAUUUGAAUUCAACAUUUACU